AUGCGACCUCUGGCGCAGCCACCUGCGGGAAGUGGCAGCUCUUUAAACCAUCACGACGACCUCGCAAGCCUCCACACGCCGUCGCCGGCGUAUACCAGCGAUGUUUCCGAAGAGGAUGGAUACUUCAGCGUCCGUUCGAGGGGCAACCGCUCGCCAGCCUCCGUCCGCAGUCAGCAUCUCUCCGUCAAGAUGCCCCCUUCGCCGACGACAACAGCGAUCGCGUUGACCGCGCUGGAAUAUCUUCCCAUGCCGCUACUCGUCUUGUCGAGCCAGAAAACCGUAGUCCUAGCAAACGAAGCUAUGGGUAGACUGCUAGGUCUAGAAGUCAACGCUAUAGUCGAGGACGAGGACAGAGGACCCACGGCUGUUCUGUCGGUCACAGAUCUUCUUUGCGACUAUAGCAUGUCUCAGCUUGGCAUAGACGUGCUGCAGAAUGGAUCACCAAUAUGGGUAAACUGGGAUGACUUUCUGAAUUCCAUCCUCGAACAAAUUACUCAGUCUGCGGGGGGCGCUUCAUCGGACAAUAUCGAAAGCCUGCGCGAGGAUAAUGAUGGGAGCACACCUACCGUCACGCCUCGAGGCCAGCGGCCUCCGCACACCCCAAUUAGCCAGUCCUUGCCUCGAUUAAGCAGCUCGAACUUGGUUAAAACGACCGUUCAUGAUGUCAAAGUUGACGUGCUAAUCUCGCCGCAAUCCGAUAGCCUCUUCAGGCCUGCGCCAGCCGCCGACAAAGCUGCACCAUUGCCUGAACCGAUAUCUGCAAGCAUGAUUGUCUCUACAUGGACCCUAGAAGGCAAGCAAUUCUUUACUCUUACCUUUACAAGCGCUACACCGCAUGCCACCGCCAAUUCCCAGCCCUCGAGUAGGACCGUCCUACGCACCAGCACUGGAUUCCGCAGAUCGCCAGGAUCAGCAAACUCCAGUUCAUCUUCGUCUGGCCGACGAUCAGCCAUAAGCUCUGCACCGACCACAUCGGGUGCGUUAGCAGUCACAUCUCCACUGCUUGAACCUGCCCCACGUCUUCCUCAUGGCCCUGCCAGUCGGACGAAGUCCUCGUCCGCACCCUCGAUAUUCCACAAGGCCAGCCGAAUGAAAGACGCCGUCCUGAAUUCCAUGAAUAUGCCAAGCUAUGCUAUGUGGAAGGAUCGGAGCUUCGGCAUCCCCAAUAAAGCCUUCCUCAGGCUUAUGCCGGACAACGAGAACUAUGUAUUUAACAGUACUAAUCAGCACGAAUUUCUGGCUCAGUACACAUUCUAUACGGAAGAUUUCCAGCGUCUAAUGGAUGUGGAUGAGUUACCCAUCAUAGAGCUCUGCCGCACACAGAAGCGAGUCGAAGGAAAGCGCGUUGGUAUGAGGCAUCCAAAAACCGACGCUCGUCUCACAUACGACGUCAGCGGGGAGCCCGUUGUCGACGAAGCUACCGGAGAGUUCCUGGGCGGAAUAGUCGUCAUGAAAGACGUCACUGAAUACACCAAGCGCAUUGCUGCACAGAUCGAGGAGAACGAACGGCAGUUCGAGUAUAUCGCGAACUUGAUACCCAUCAUGGUCUGGACCACGACUCCCAGUGGCCAGCAUGACUGGUUCUCUCAACGCUGGUACGACUACACUGGUCUUACUGAGGAGAAGUCACUCGGCCAGGGGUGGCAACUACCUUUUCACCCAGAGGAUAUGCCGGCCACGAGUGAGCGUUGGAACCACUCCUUGCAGACUGGCGACGAGUACAUCACAGAAUAUCGCUGCCAGCGGCAUGACGGUGAAUGGAGGUGGAUGCUCGGCCGUGCUGUGCCUUUCCUCGAUGAGGACGGAAAAAUUAUCAAGUGGUUUGGCACCUGCAGCGACAUUCACGAUCUGGUAAUUGCCCGUGACGAGGCAAAACAGGUUAAGGAGCAGCUCCAGCGAGUCGUCGAGCAUGCCCAAACUACUCUCUGGGCCGUCGACAAGGAACGUAAACUCAUCGUGCUUGAGGGGAGCUUGAUGUGGCAGAGCAGCGACGAAGACAUCAGCAAAAAGUCCAUAGGGCUUAAUGUGUACGAUGUGUUCGGCCAGCACCAGGGCGCUGAAUACAUGCCUCCUUUGAGGAAAGCAGUCGAAGCAACCCUGGAACGCAAGGCGAGCGACGAGAUUGUGGAGAUGCACAUUGACGGCAACGGGCGUCACUACAGGACGCGCAUAGUCCCGCUCCUGCGGAACUCGCGCAAUGGCGGCGUGGAAGGGGAGUCUUACGUAGACGGGGUUAUCGGCAUUAGUAUGGAUGAGGAGGAGGUCAAGGAGCAAGAACGAGAAAACGCAAAGUUGACGGCAAAUGCUGUAGCAGCCAAGGCAGCGAGCAAGAUGAAGAGCCAGUUCUUAGCCAACAUGUCUCACGAAAUCCGUACGCCCAUUGCAGGAGUCAUUGGGAUGAGUGAACUGCUUCUGGAUAUGCCGCUAGACCAAGAGGCACGCGAUUGCGCGGAAAACAUACAGCGAUCCGCUAACGGGCUGCUUACCGUCAUCAACGAUAUUCUGGAUCUCUCCAAGGUCGAGUCAGGCAGGUUGGAUGUCGAAGAAGUGCAGUUCAGCUUGUCGGUCGUCAUCCGCGAUGUCAAUAAGAUGAUGUCUUUCGCCGCGGAGAGGAAGGGUCUAACCUACGAAAGCUUCAUACAGCCAGAGAUCGAGCGCGAUAUCAAAGUCAUGGGCGACCCGGGCCGCGUACGCCAGAUAUUGACCAACCUUUUGACGAACAGCAUCAAGUUUACUUCUGAGGGCUCCGUCAAGUUAUCGGUCUCCAUUAUAGGCGUCACUACCGAUAUAGUCAAGGUCAAUUUUGAGGUUGAGGACACUGGAAUCGGCAUCGAAGAGGAUGUGCGCAAGAGGUUAUUCAAGCCGUUCAGCCAGGCAGACUCCUCUACGGCUCGUCGGUUUGGAGGCACUGGUUUGGGCUUAACGAUUAGCAAAAACCUCGUUCAAUUAAUGCGCGGGGAAAUCAAUCUAGAGUCAAAGCUUGGCACAGGCACGAAAGCGACUUUCUGGAUUCCUUUUAAUAAGGCGCAAUACAAUGAUCAGGGUUCCCCCACCUUACUUGACCUCAGCUCCAUCCCGGAUCGACUCCAGUCUGAUGUCUCAGUAUCGUAUGGAAGCUCGGACGAGCAUGGGCACGGCAGGGUUACACCUCCACAGACUCCGACAGGCUACAAUGGCGGAGCCCGACAUGCAAGAGGUCACUCGGGCUCUUUGCCGCCGGGCACACCAUCGAUCACACACAAUUUGCCCGACCACAUGAUGAACCUUACCGAAGAGGAAAGGAGCAAGAUCCACGUCCUCGUCGUGGAGGACAAUCAUAUCAACCAACAGAUCGCCCUGAAAACGAUCAAGAAACUCGGCUUCUCUGUCAGCGCCGUCUGGAACGGCAAGGAGGUGCUUGACUACCUACUCGCCAAACCAUCCGGCGACCGCCCUAACCCCGACAUCAUCCUAAUGGAUGUCCAGAUGCCCAUCAUGGACGGCUACCUCGCAACACACACCAUCCGCACGCAAGAGCCCUUCAAAGACAGUGCUAGCAUCCGCAGCACCCCCAUCAUCGCCAUGACCGCCUCCGCCAUCCAAGGUGACCGAGAAAAGUGCCAGGAGGCAGGAAUGGACGAUUACCUCGCUAAGCCAGUCAAAGGCAAGCACUUGGAGAAGAUGCUCGUGAAGUGGGCAAUUCAACGCAAGAUAAAUCAAAUAGAAGAGAAACGAAGAAAUGGGAGUCCACCGGACCCGGAGCAGCAAGCACAACAGCCGAACGGUGCACCAAACCAGCGCUCCCAGUCCACCGAGGCCAACGCGAACGACCCCUUCGACAGCCACGACACCCUGCGCACAAUCUCCGCCUCCAACUCCUCCAGCACCGUCACUUCCACCCCGCUCACUACCAACGCAGUUGGCAGGCCCGGGCCAGGCCCCCUGCAAGAAACGCAGCCCUCACGCUCCUCUUUACGCGCCGACCGCGCCUCCGAGCUUUCCGCCGCGCUCGGCCGGCUGGACUACACGAACCGGGCCGCGCUCUCCAAGUCGGCGGAGUCGGAUGCGGACCGCGUGCUCCGCCGCGUAAACGACGAGGAGAAGGCGUCCAGCCUGCGCGACGACAGGCUGAUGGCCAGCGGCGAGGAUCCGAGGAGCGCGCGCACGGGGACCGAGCGCAAGAGGGACAGAGGUGAGAAAAAGGAGAGGGAGGGCGGGCCGAGCCAUAUGCUUACGACGGAGAACAUGCAGCGCUUUGGUGUGGAACAGGAUAAGAAGGCUGGGGAGAUGAGGGCUGUUGGGAGCAGCGGCAAGGGGAGCGUGGGGACUAGCGCUGCGCCUUACCUGAGGACAGAAAGUGUAGACAGGAAACCGGAUGAGGGUCAGAAGUGA